CGUGAAAUAAUCUCUAACCCGAAAAUGAAAGUUGGGUAACGUUUCACUAAUGAUUGUGUAUUUAUUUUGCGCGUUUUCUGUUUUGUGUGCUUUAGUUUUAUCUUUUAUUUAUAACAACGCUGGUUAUAUUCUAAUUUGUGUCGGUUUUAUUAUAAUCUAUGUGUGUACAGAUAAGGUCACAAGAACCGAACAGUGUGAAAGUGACAAGUUUUCGCGACGUCAUUUAAAUCGCAAUAUUUUGAAGCACAAAAAUAACGCGAAAGCGUCAAGUGAAGAAUCGCUAAGAAAGUCAGAUCAAAGGAAAAGUCAGAAAAGCUAUGAGCGUUAUUUAGACUUUAAAGCUGGGUUACUGUCAUUCUCUGAAAAAAUGUGGAGCAGCCCAAAUUCCAAACCCCGACCAAAGCCACGAUUUUCGGGUAAUAAUCCACUGAACUCUUCCAUGCCAAUGCAUUUGUCAUCACCUUUAACGACAAGACAAAGAAUUUUAGAAAAUGGGAGCCUUGACAGAUCUGUGUUAAAUUCAUCUGUGGUCAAUGGACUUGGCACACAAAAUGGGCAUUCUGGAGCAUCCAGCCCUUUGUUUUCUUCUCCCUUUAUGCCUCAGAUAAAGAGGGCACUCGGAUUGGAGCCAACAGGACAAAAUAAAUAUAGAGAACCAAGACGCCAUAGUUAUGGAAUCAGUGCAGGGGGGACAACACUUGACUCUUCAAAAGUGACUGGUAUUCUUCCCCAUGUGAAACUCACACCGACCCGCAGACUCUCCCUGACUGAACGCAAUUCUACAAUGCUCAACAGAGGCAGUACAGUGAAAAUAGCGCCUCCUGUGGCUGGAAAACCUCUGAACUCCAGUUUAUGCCAGUUGCGGACAGAACCAUUCGCUGCUGACGAAAGACCCACCCCGGAUACUCAUGCUGUGGUAACGGCUCUGAAGGAAAGAAGGAAAAGAUCGAUGAAUGUUCAUGAAGAGAACAGUGAUAUACCCGCACAACAGGCAAAGAGAAGGCGGCAGGAAAGCCAACACUCGAAUGCCUCGACAUCUUCCAUGCCUGCCAUGCCUGACAAUCUUCCUGAUCUCUCUGGGACGGAAUUCAACAUGCGACUUGAAACACCCUCUAUCAAACGACCGUCAAGGCCCAGCCAGGGUGAGAUGGACGACUUACUCUCAAGUCCCAGUGUGAAGCGAGUCUGUGGUGAGGGUAGAAACAAUUCCAUUCUGAGCAGCCUGAGCUCAAGCCAGAGGUUCCUUGCAGCACAGAGCUCAAAGCGUAAGGCUGAGACGAGUUUCACAGAGGCCCAGGAUGGGACCUCCAUCAAGCAACAGAGAAAUGAGUCUUCCAGUCAGAGAGGGGAGCCCCCCAAGUUGACCCACAUCGACUACACUCCACAGAAAUUGGAGAAAGUAAAAAAGAUGCUUAUUGAAGAUAAUUCUGAAGAUGUUACUUUUAAGCAAGAAGACCAUGCCAAUAAUUCAAAAGAGAACAAAGAAUUGGAAGAAAUCACGACAAAGCCAACUCUUCGGAAUGUCCCUUCUAUGAAGAAGACAGCCAGUGUAUAUGCAGGGUUGAGCUCCAGAGGCAGUUUCAGAAAGGCCCAGUACGCGAAUGUUGUGGCGACGCUGGAUGACUAUGAUACUGAUAGAGAGGCCGAACAUGAGAGGGUACAGCAGAUGUUGAAACAUGUGGAUGAAUCAUUCACCAAGAAACUAGAGGAAAAGACUACACCUGUGACAACCACCGUAUCCGUGGUCGUAUCCACCAGCCUGGUCCCCGCUGUAACCACUACAGUUACCAUAGCAACUGCUGGUGUGGCGACAACAACAAGCUCCACAGCAUCCAUUCUGUCACACCUAGAAAAGUUGUCAAAGUCUCCGAUUCAGGAGACAGGUUAUUUGAAGGCUGUGUUUACAUCAGAUGGUGAACCAACAAAGGCCAGCCUGCCCCCAGUGUCCUUCAAAUCUCUGUUUCCAGCUACCACUACUAGCACAGGUACAUUGGGAACCAGCCUGACUACAAUUUCUGGGACACAGUCUACAUUCACAGGAUUUAGCGGCAUCCAAACAACUAAUAUGUCAGCGGUGACGACAGCCAGUGUCCCCUUGUCUCUGGGUCAGGCCACCACAUCUGUUGCCUCCCCUGGGUUCAAGGCCCUGUUCCCAACUGGCUCGGUUCAGCCGAUACCUCUGGCCACCUCCUCUACGCCUGCUUCAGGGUUCAUGUUUGGGGCUUCAGCCUCUAGCGGUUUGUCCAGCGGUGCUGCUUCAAGUCAAUCCACACCAGUGUCAAUAGCACCUUUCCUGUUCACAUCCUCAUUAGCCACAGCCACCACGACGUCUGCCCCGACCCUGGGGAAAGGUAGUGCCAACCCAGGUUUGACUUUCGGUGCCCAGCCUGCUAGCUCAGCCCCAGGAAGUACUCCUGGUGCUGGAUUCUCUUUCAGCCUUGCCAAGACUUCAGCUCCGGCCUCUACAGUGGCUCCAGUUUUGGCCAUGGCCACUGGCUUCUCAUUUGGCACAACGCCAAGUUCUUCAACCACGCCCGCUACUUCAGCAUCAUCACAAAGCGUUCUUGGGGCUGGAUUUUCAUUUGGUUCUUCAACAAACACAGCUGCUACUACCGCAGCAAAUGCUCCCAAAAUAGCACUCUCGUUUGGAACGUCAGCUAGUGUUGCCCCAUCGUCAGUUACAACUGGUUUGCCAUUUGGAAUGCCUUUGGUCAGUUCUUCCGGGAGUGCAACUGGUCUUGGUUCAUCUCAAUCCAUUGCAAACACAACUGGAGGCCUUUCUGCAGGGUUAAGCUUUGGUUCCACUUCAAAGACCAGUUCCACAGCUGCCCCGUCCCUAUUCCAGUUUGGUGCGACUUCAACUGCAGCAUCCUCUAGUACCUCUACUCCUGCUGCUGGGUUUACCUUUGGGGCCCCAUCUGGAAUAUCUGCUGGCUCCUCUGCCCCAUUUGGGGCCUCAACCACAUCAUCUGCAGCCCAAAGUCCCUUUGGGGCACCUGUAGCUUCAUCCAAUACUGUGGCUUCUAUUUUUGGAACGUCCUCUAACUCCCAGAUGCCAUUUGGAACUCAAACCAGCAAUGCAGCCACUGUGUUCAGUUUUGGAGCCAAUCAGAAAACGACGACUGCUGCAUCAAUAUUCACCUUAAGUGCGGGGCCCACAAGUUCAACUGCAGGGGCCAGCUUGUUUGGCUCCCAGCCUUCCUCUAGUUCUACAGCUGGGUUUUCUUUUGGAGUUGGAGGCAAUCAGACUGCAACUGGCUUUCAAUUUGGUAACAAACCGCAAACUUCAUCUGUGUUUGGUGCUAUAAAUGCAGCCUCACCAUUUGGUACCACAUCCAGUGCUGCCCCAGCAUUCGGUUCAACCAAUCAGACCCAAGCAUUCGGAUUGUCCAAUCAGACUCCAGCAUUUGGAUCAACAAAUCAGACCCCAGCAUUUGGUUCAACCAAUCAGACAUCAGCAUUUGGUCUUACCAAUCAGACCCUAUCAUUCGGUUCGUCCAAUCAAACCCCAGCAUUUGGUUCAUCAAAUCAGACUGCAGCGUUUGGUUCAACCAAUCAGACCCCAGCAUUUGGAUCGACAAAUCAGACCCCUGCGUUUGGGUCAACUAGUCAGGCACCAGCCUUUGGUCAAUCCAAUUCAAUCUCAGGAUUUGGAGCUAGCUCCAAUCCUGCUUCAGUGUUUGGUUCAGGAUUUGCCGCCAGUACACAGAAGUCGAACACUCCAGUGUUUGGGGCCUCCACUAACACUGCCUCAAAUUCGGUGUUUGGCAACACUGGAACACCAGGAUUUGGAAAGUCACAGUCGAUGCCAGCAUUUGGAACUUCUGAUAGUACUUUAUCAGGUUUCAACUUUGGUGGGCCAGCACCCAAUGUAAAUCCCUUUGGUCAAGGUCAAACAACCCCAUUAAAGCAGACGGGCAGUGCAUUUGGGAUGCCUUCUGUUGAUACCACACCCAAGAAUCAGACGGGAGCCAUGUUCCAGUUUGGCCAAUCCCAAAACAACAACAGCUCAGCCUCUAAAGGUUUCGACUUUGGUGCUGGAGCUAGUGGUUCUAACACUGGAGGAUUCAAUUUCACCUUCUCAAGUAGUUCGAUGCCUGGGUUCAAUUUUAUGGGCACAGGCGCCACCGCAACACCAGGAUUGGGGACCCCAGGGUCAUUUGCAGUGGGUACAGGUGACUCAGCCCCCCGUCCCCCCAGGGCAGCGGCUAGCAGGGCCAACAGGAGACGCCCAGCAGUCAGGAAGUAGUGGAGAAUGAAUGACAGCAAGGGCACAUGAGAGAUAAUGAAUGAGGAGAUGUAUGGUAGAGAGUGUGGCUUGAAUUUCCUUUUGCUAACUACUUACAAAGAGGCAAUUUAUGAUUAUUGUUACUUCAUCACAUUACAGCUCAUUUCCUGCCUUUAAGUCAUAUAAACCCGUUUUUAGCUCACCUGUCACAAAGUGACAUGGUGAGCUUAUGUGACCGUGUGAUGUCUGGCGUCCGUAUGUGCGUGCAUGUGUGUGUGCGUGCAUGUGUCCGUCAACAUUUUGUUUGUGUAGACAGUUGAGGUCACAGUUUUCAUCCAAUCUUUAUGAAAUUUUAUCAGAAUGUUUAUCUUGAUGAAAUCUGGGUUGGGAUUGUAUUUGGGUCAUCUGGGGUCAAAAACUAGGUCGCUAGGUAAAAAACUAGGUCACAUAAUAGGUCAAAUAAUAGAAAAACCUUGUGUAGACAAUAGAGGUCGCAGUUUUCAUCCAAUCUUUAUGAAAUUUGGUCAGAAUGUUUAUCUUGAUGAAAUCUGGGUGGGGAUUGUAUUUGGGUCAUCUGGGGUCAAACACUAGGUCACUAGGUCAAAAACUAGGUAACUAGGUAAAAAACUAGGUCAAAUAAUAGAAAAAACUUGUAUAGACAAUAGAGGUCACAGUUUUCAUCCAAUCUUUAUGAAAUUUGGUCAGAAUGUUUAUCUUGAUGAAAUCUGGGUUGGGAUCGUAUUUGGUUAGUCAGGUGAGCGUCAUCAUGGCCCUCUUGUUAAAUAUUUACUGAUGGGCUGCUGCCGGGUUAAAAAGCCUUAAAGAAUGUAGAAAAUGUGUAAUUUUGCUUGGCUAGGGCUGUCAGAUGAUUCGCACAAGAUAAGUUGAAUGGCUGUUGGAGUUGUCUGACAAUAUCUACACAGCAUGAUAUAAAACAAGGCGUGUACAAUUAUUAUGUAGUAGAUAGAAAUCAUGAGCUAGGCCCCUUGAAUGUUUAAGAUCAUCAAUUGGUGUAUUUCCACAAUCACAAAGGAUGUCUCUGUCAACUACAAACAUCUAAAGAUUUUUUUAUCUAAGGUAUAAAUAUCAUGUGUGGUUUCUUUGCAUUUCUGUUUUAAUGAUAUUAUGUUCGUGAUUACACACUUGUUAAUUGAGCCUUUGAAUGGAUAAACUUCAAAGAAACUGCUUAUUGAGUCACUAAUUAUGAUUGAUUUUUAUGCCCCUGGUAGGUAUGCAUAUAGCAGUCGCACUGUUGGUCCCUCUGUCUGUCUGUCAGUCCGUCUGUCUGUUCAUCACACUUUUGUGUUUAGGUUUCGAAAAAUGCUCAUAACUUUUAUGUCCCUUCAGAUGUUACCUUCAUAUUUGGUAUGAAUGUGUAUAUGGACAAGGCCUUUCCAAACGCACACACAUUUUGACCCCUUUGACCUUGACCUUCAACUAAGGGUCCGUGUUUAGGUUUCAAAAUCUGCGUUUAGGUUUCCAAAAAGCAUUUUUUGGGGGCAUAUGUCUUCCGAUGGAGACAGCUCUUGUUUAUCAUCUUUUUUAAUUGUAAAUGUAUAUACCAGUAGGUCUGAUGUUAUAUAUGGAAAUAUUAUUAUAAUGUAAAUAUGUACAGAAACCUUUGUAUUAAACAUGAAAGGAAAAUUGUUGUUUGUAAAGAACAGAAAAAGUGACGUAUGUUGCUUACUAUAUAAUGUGAUUGUUCAUGUAAAUAUGCUCCUUGCAGGAACAGUCCAAGGUAUAACAUACCUUGAAGUGAAAUUUGAAGGCAAUAAUUAUGAUCAUAGAGAGACAAUAUUUCAUGUAAUUUUGAAACCUUUGUUAUUAAGCAUUUUGAAAGUCAUAUACAUUUUUUUCCACAGAUAACUAAUGGAUUGUGUGUGAUGUGUCAAGUAAUGUUUAUAAAUUGUAAAUAUGACAUUAUCCAUACUAAUACGAAACAUAAAUUGUAAUAUAAUAUUUAUAGUUGAUGUUAAUAUCUCAAUGAUAUUACAUGUGAAGUCAUGUUUGCCAUUUCAUACAACAGUAAGCUCAACCAGCACUUUAAAGGUUGCAAAAUGAAAUUUAUAUUUUCAUAAAAUGAUGCAGAGCUUUUAUCCAUAACAAUUUGCUAAAUGGAUGUGUUUUCUACUCCUAAGUUUUGUUUACAAAUGAUUGUUAUAUCUUUUGAAAAAGUAGUAACUGGUAAGAUUGUUAAUGUAGCUUGCAUUCUUUCUUAAGUAAUGCAACUUAAAAUAAUACUUACUUAUUUCUCAGAUGGUGCUUGCUUUUAAUUUUGAAAUGUUUGUAACUAAUAUACUGUGAAUUAAUAAUGGGCAUUAUUUGCCAAUAUAUAUGCAUUGUUUCAUUCUUUAAAAAGUUGUUAUCUAGACAUAAAUAAAACAUCGCCACUUCUAGGGUAACAGUGGAGCCUGUUAGAGAAAUGUUGCACCUGUAGCCCAACUUCAGUAUCAAUACUUGAUGUAUGCAUGUGUGGACAUGAGAUGUUAUUUUAAUAUUUUGUGUGUGCUCAUAACACAGUCAUGUUCAUUGGUAUGUAUUUUGUAUUGUUGUACCAGUUUACCAAUAUUUUAUUCCAAUUUUUAUUUGAACGGUUAAACUAGUUGUGUACUGUGCUAUUUCUGCAAUUUAAUUCAUUUUCCAGAUUUUUUUUCUGGUUACAAACACGGUGUUGUUGCAUCAAGUGAUUAAACUUUGCUGCAUGUACAAAUAAAUCAUAAAACAUUGUAUAUGCAUUGUAUUGCAUGGUUUACAUAGUGGGUUUUGUUGGGAGUUAAAACUUUUAAGUAGUGUUCGAAUUUACCUGUAUAUAUGAAGAUUAGUAAAUAAAAAAGCAUACCUAUGUUUAUUAUCGAUCGCAAACAGUUUGUUUAGAGUUAUUGAGUUUAAGUUCUUUUAUGGGUGUUCCCAUGUAUUGUUAUCAAACUACAUUGGACGGUAUUGGACUACACAUUUGCUAAUUGAUGUCGAUCUAAAUUGCCUUCACGACUUAGACAAUUAAACAGAUAGAUAAGUCAAAACAUGUUACAAAUUCGCAGACUUAUUUAUGUGGUAAACAUUUAAAAAGAGCAUUAGUUGGUAUUUACAUUUUGAAUAGCUAUCAUGUCAAUUAAGCUACUUAGGAGGGGCCUUAAGGAAAUAAGUUGGUUUCUUUGAACAUGUGAAGAAUGUUCCUUCAUUUGCCAAGGAGAUCCGAUUUUUACAAACGUCAAGGAACUAUGUUUCGAAAGGUCUUUCCUAAAAACCAUUUGGGUUAAAAAGGCGUACUUUUGAAUUAACGUAAUGCUAUACAUCGAUAAAUUUGGACAAACUCGUUCAUUUUCUGUAUGAAGGGUAACUCUUGUUGUUGUAACGAUACAAGAUGUGAUUAAGCCGUAUUGUACAUGUGUGUGAAUGAAUAUACAUGUAUAAAUGAAUUAUGCAAG